UUGGAUAAAAUAGCCUGCUUGCUUUGAGGUUUGGAAAAAAGAGUGACUGAGAAGCCAUGAACGUUGAGGAAGAGGUCCAGCGGCUCCAAGAAGAAAUCAAAAGACUUGGCAAGGUCCAACCCGAUGGUUCUUACAAGGUGACAUUUGGGGUGUUGUUCAAUGACGACAGAUGUGCAAACAUUUUUGAAGCACUGGUUGGGACAUUAAGAGCUGCGAAGAAGCGCAAGUUGGUUAGUUAUGAUGGUGAGCUACUGCUUCAAGGAGUCCACGAUAAUGUUGAAAUUAUUCUUAAGCCAACACCCCCAUCAUCAUCAGCUGCAGCGACAACAGACUCGGUUGCUAAGAGUUAAAAGAUUGUGCUCCUGCUUGCUACCUGCAUUUUGCCAUUAAUCAAGUAGCACUGUCCACCUUGUUGUAUUGAAGAGACCUUCUUUGCUUUCAAUUUGCAUCUACCUCCUAACUUUUUCUAAGGGGGGACAAAAAACAUACAUUGGCCCUAUUUGGUAGCGCUUAUUUUUCUAAAGUUAAAUACCAACUUAUAAGCUCUGAAAAACAUGAAAUAAGCUGUUUGUUGUU